AUGCAUUCGAAAGAACCCGAAUUCUCAGAGAAUGACAUACCAGAUCUGAGUGGCUACGUUGCCAUUGUUACUGGAGGCAAUUCCGGUAUUGGAUAUGAGACAGCCAACCAACUCGCGCUUCACAAUGCGCGUGUCUAUAUCGCCAGCCGAUCUCAAGAGCGAGUGAAUCAAGCCAUCGGCCAAAUGUCACAGGCGGCCAUGGGAAAGACGCUUGACCUGCAUUUUCUUCAAAUAGAUCUACAAGAUCUAAAGUCGGUCAAGGCAGCUGCCAAGCAUUUCUUGACACUGGAAACCCGCCUGGAUAUCUUGAUCAACAAUGCCGGUGUCAUGACUGUCCCUUUUAAACUCACCGCCGAUGGGCUCGAGACGCAGUGGCAAGUCAACUACGUUUCGCCUCACGUUUUUACCAGCAGUCUCAUGCCUCUUUUGUUAUCGACCGCGUCAACUCUGAAUACUAAAGAUCGAGUUCGAGUCGUUCAUGUAUCCAGCGAUGCAGCCUUUUUCGGCCCCGACACAGUGCAGUGGAACGACGUCAAUAUGACUUCAACUAAGGGAGUGAUGGAGCUGUGGAAGAGAUACGGACAUUCAAAACAAGCUAUCAUACGUGAUGCGAAAGAGCUGAAUGAUCGCUAUAGUUCGCAAGGUAUUACUGCGUACUCUGUUCAUCCAGGCAUCGUCAAAUCGAAUUUGCAAGGACACGACCCGACCCUUAUGGGAAAGGUCGUCCGGGUGGCGAUGAAACUCGGAGCUGGUGACACGCCUCUCCACGGAGCACUCAAUUCACUGUAUUGUGCCACGAGCCCCAGUGCACCGGUACAAGGGCAGGGAAGGUUCUUUGUUCCGGUUGGCAAGCCGGAUUCACGUGCGGACAAAUGGAUCAAGGACAGAGAAGGAAAUUCACGAUUGUGGGAGCUGGGAGAGAGUCAAUUGAAACGCCUACAGUAA